AUGCCAGGCUGGUCCGGCCUCGAACCCUUCGUGGGCUCAAAGGUUCCGGUUGAAGAAUUGCAAGAGAAGAUUCACCUAGCCAUCUCUCGGCAUGCCAAUACUAUCUCCGCGACAGGCUCUCACGAGCUUGAAAAGCAAUGGUACAGAUCAGUGGAAGACAACCUCAACAAACUCGACGAAUUCCAGAGGUGCGUGAGCAGAGUGAGCUCCGCACUUGGUCGUCAGAUUCAGGAGGAAAGAGACCAUCUAAGAAGUAAAAUCAAGAAAGAUGUGGAUGAGAUGGCAACAUCAGCUUCUCAAAGAGCCAGAUCUGUGCAGACGCAAACGGUGCCCAUGUUUGCAAGUGACAUCACCACUUUGGCCCUGAUUUGGUUCGAGAUCCCGUCUCUCGAAAAGCACACAUCCCAGAGGUUGCAGAAUGUGCUCUCGGAUGUAAGUGCUAGACAAGAUGGAGCGUCGUUCCUGUUUGACCUUGGGCGGCACUUGCAGGAAGGUGUUGCCGAGGAGGGGGAUGCAUCCGAUGGCACAAUGAGUCGACCGACUGCGGCACGAAGGCUUGUGAGUGAACUAAAGCAAUAUUUCCGCGCUGUGGACAACCUUCAGUACAACCGCGCAACGCAAAAGAUGCAGAAAGCGCCAGAUGCUUGUGUCAGCGAGUUGCGCUCGAAGAGCAUAGAGAGCGACCAAGAGAUGCCAGUGGAUUCGCAGGACCUUGCCGAUGGCUUGAGGACUUUCCUGGCCCACUAUGGCCGGAUGUAUGAUGAGUUGAAACGAGACGAAUUGGACAUCUCAAAGGUUCUUGCAAAGAGCCGGGCAAGGGUGAGUGAGCUCCUCCAACAGCACAGUGUCGGUUGGCAUGUCGAUCCGAAGGUAGUCAAGCAGGACAUUCCGGAACUGUUGGCUUACGUUUUCAUGCAUUACACUAUGACCUCAACCAAUGAUGCAUAUCUCCGGCUCGUAGCGGGUGCUAUCGCAGAGGGCAAGGACCAGGACUUGGAAGCUGGGAUUCGAACCCCACAUAACAUACAGGUUCUGGCAGUCCUCCGCUUCUUUGGCUUUGGUGACAAAGAUGCGGGUCCCAUGCUUGCGAACCAGCUUGUUCAAGUGGAGACUGGUGGAGGAAAAUCGUUGAUUUUGGGCUCGGCGGCCACGGUUUUUGCCCUUCUCGGAUUUCGUGUCCGUGUAGUUUGCUACUCGAACGAUCUCAGCAAGAGGGACGAGAGUGAGUUCAGGCAGACCUUUACCGAUUUCGGGGUUCUUCAACUCAUCAAGUACAGCAGAAUCACCACCUACAGUGAAGAUCUCGUAGCAACUCUCGGCGACACCAGGUCACUGACACGACAGCUUCUGCAAGGUGAUGCGCCUGUUGCCCCUGCCCCGAAACAUCACGAUUUGCCGGAAGUUCUCCUGUUCGAUGAGGUGGAUGUAUUCAUGAGCCCCUCAUACCUUGGGAAGACACAUGAUCUUAUGGCAAGAUGGCACCACAAGCAUCUGCAGGACAUCUUAAGGGAGCUAUGGGCCCGCCGCAGUGAGGUAACGUCCCUCAAUGAUGCGAGCCUGCUUUGUGAUGACCUCCGGUCCAGCCGGGAAUACCUUGGCCUUGUCCGUUCCUUCAAAGACGCUGCGUACGUGAUUGACACGCAGGUGGCCUCGAUGUGCACGAGCCUUUAUGAAUACAUGCAGAAAGUGCCUCCGAUUCCUUACUUCGAUGACGCCCAGCAAUGCGUGGGCUACAAGGUCCAUGAUGCAAUUGAUUGCGCAGCAGUUGAUGGUUACAAAACUGCAUUUGCUUUGUUGGCGAACCACAAUCGAUUGACAAAUGCCUCCCAGAAGCUUGAUGAGAACCUGGCAAUGCUUGUGCCGUGUGGCCAGUUCUCUUAUGCGAACAUAAACCCCAGCUACAUCUUUGGAGUGUCAGGAACGGUCGCACAGCUUGAUAUGUACCAGCGUGCAGAAGUCGUUAGAUAUGGAAUUCUUGCUUACACAACGGUUCCGUCCGUCUUUGGCAAGUCUGACUUUCGAUUUUUGGAACAAGACGAUGCAAUCAAGGUUUUCGCAGCUACCGAUUACUUUCAGGCCAUCGCGGUGGCCAUCAAGCAGGUGAUCCUGAAGAAGCGUGCCAUCAUUGUUUUCUUCGAGAGCGCGCCGAUCUUGAGAAAUUUCAUGGCAUCCUCGUUUGGAUCUGCGCUGCCUACGUCCCCGCAACUACUAGUAGAGGACCUGGUACAUGAUGAAAAGCUUCGUCGAACCAAGAAAGCAGCCGUUACAGGCCAGAUAACUCUUGCAACAUCUGUGUUCGGUCGCGGUAGUGAUUUCACUUCCUAUGACAGCAGAUUGCAGGAGAAUGGGGGGUUCACGUCCUGUACACCUUUGUCCCACGCACGGCAAGCGAGGAGUGGCAGGGUCAGGGGAGGACUGCCAGGCAAGGGCAAAAAGGUUCCUUUGGUCUCCUUCUCAAUGCCGAUGACCUGA